AUGGAAAAAUGCAUGUUACACCUGCUUUCACAGAUGCAUCAGUCAAGCACAAUGUCACCGCUGAACAAUUGCUUUCACAAAUCGUCGGCAGAAUUACAAAAUAACACACGGUUGCUCACUUAUUGGUCUGGCUGUCCGAGGUGGUAUGAUCUUCUGUACCAUGUAAUGGAAUAUAUGCCCGGAGGAAUAGAACAAAUACAGAAAAUCUUCGACGUUCUUUUGCAAUGCAGUGCGGACUUCAACACAACCAAAGGUUUUUCAAAUACCGGUGCCGAAGUGAGCGUCCUCCUCCGACCGAAAGGCGACAAUAGCAUAUCGGAGGCCCAAACACUACGCACUGCCAAUGGCACGGCCAUCCCAACGUUUGACCAGCGUUCGUUCCCCUUAAACUUAGGUUUGAAGCGUAAUUUUCGUUGGGUUUUCAUCAUCGCCGACGUCCCGUACCCAAUUCUAAGCAUUGACUUCCUGCAACACUUUAACUUGUCAGUUGAUGCACAGCGUCGCGGAGUGGUGGAUCGUCAGACCAAUCUCGCCCUUGCGGGUUAUAAUUCGCGAGUGAAUCAAGUCACGCCUUUUUACGUUCAACCACCGGCACACCGACCUUAUGGCAAACUCAUCGCCGCCUACCCGGCCAUGUUUCGGCAGGCCGGGCCUUGCUCAGCAAAGACCACCAACGUCACUCACUAUAUCGAUACUAAGGGACCCCCAGUGUUCAGUAAGUCGCGUCAGUUAGCACCAGACAAGCUUCGUGUUGCACAGGCUGAAUUCGAACACAAGCUAGAACUGGGUAUAAAACGCCCUUCUAGUAGCCCUAGGGCUUCCCCUCUUCAUAUAGUCCCUAAGUCUAGCGGCGACUGGCGACUCUUUGGUGAUUACAGAACACUUAACAAAGUCACCGUCACUGACCGAUACCCAAUUCCCCAUAUACAGGAUCUAACUUCGUCUUCAUCAGGUUGA